UGGUCUGUCUCAGACAUGGGAAGUGAGCACUAUUGCCUAAGGUGGAACAAUCAUCAGAGUAACCUAUUGGGGGUCUUCAGCCAACUGUUGCGAGACGAGAGUCUUGUGGACGUGACGCUGGCCUGCUCGGAGGGCCAUUCGAUUCGCGCACACAAAGUCGUCCUAUCCGCGUGCUCCUCGUACUUCCAGACGCUCUUCGUGGACCAUCCGAGUCGUCAUCCGAUCGUCAUACUGAAGGACGUGAGGUUCUCCGAGCUACGCACCCUCAUCGAGUUUAUGUACAAGGGCGAGGUGAACGUCGAGUACUGUCAAUUGUCGGCGCUGCUGAAGACGGCCGAAAGCCUCAAAGUCAAAGGGUUAGCCGAGAUGACGAACCUGGGCCCAUCGACGCGCGACUACAAGCAGGAACCGGAACCGGAACAGAUCGAACCCACGGAGCUGGUGAACAAGAGGCCACCUCAACAGCAGCAGCAACCACCACCACAACCUCAAUCUCAACCACAGCAGCUGCAACAACAACAACAGCAGCAACAACAACAGCUGUUACUUCAGCAACAGCCCCAACCGCCUCCGCCUCCUAUACUGGAGGAGCGCGAGGUCAGGGAGCACAUACCGACGCCGCCUAGGUUGUCGAGGACUCCUCCUGAAAGACCCGCUUCCGUGGAACCCGUCCGGACGACGGACUCUCCCAGCGAUGACUGCGGACCCAGUGAUAUGACCUUACACAACAACGGGAACGCCGUCAGCUCUUGCUCGACGACGACCCUCGGUGGCACCCCCACGGCAUGCAAUAGGUUACCAUCGCCCAUCAACAGCGAACCUCUACCCGGACCUUCCAACAUGCCACCAGUACAACAAGUGCCUCUGUCAUUGAAAAAGGAAGUGGAUUGGGGAGGAGGGAUGGCGGAUGACAAAAGCACCGGCGAAAGUUCUUCAGACUACCCACGACACACACACGAUCCGAACGCGUUGGAGGUGGACAGGUGCUUCGGGUCGCCGUGCCUGGAGCGACCAGCGAGCGCCCACAGCAGCCGCUCCUCAACACCCUUCGCCCUUCCGUACCCAUCUUUGGCGACGUCCCUUCUGGAGGUGGGACUGAUGCAUCCGGCGCUCAUCGGUGAAGAAAUGUUUCGUUGCUCAGCCUGCAUGGCAGCAUUCCCGUCCAUUUGGCUCCUGGAACAGCACACGGCCCUCCAGCACAUCGGAUCCUUGUCCACUGUGGACAAGCCUUUCGUCUGCGAGCAGUGCGGUCAGAGUUACAGGUACCGCUCUGCUUACGUGAAGCACAGAGAGCAGAAUCACAGGGCUCGAUUACCAGCUGAUAAGUUGUUCUCCUGCGACGUAUGCGGCAUGCAGUUCAGAUACUUGAAGUCCUUCAAGAAGCAUCGUUUGAACCACGCGUUGGAGCGACUUCACGGGAAGUCCUCAGAGAUGCUCGGCUCUGAGAACAAGGGGGAGACUCAGAUGCAGAUCCCGAUGGAGAACAGCAGUGAUCAGGUGUCCAGUUCCAAUGAGACUAUAGCUGUUGAAGAGCAUGAACCAGAGAUCACCAUCAAAGAAGAGAACAUCGAAGUAGCUGAAGGUUCUACUGACGAUAAGAUUGAAGUGGAACAAGACGACACUAUAGACUCCUUCUCUAUAGCAGCAGCGGCAAGCAGCUCAGAGGCCUUUCGUCACGCUCAAGAAGCUUCAAUCAUAAGCUUCCUCAAGGCGGAUGCAGCUGAAAGGCAACGCGAACGCAGAUUCGCCUGUCCCUUCUGCGGCAAGUGCGUCCGCUCCAAAGAGAACCUAAAGCUUCACGUACGCAAGCACACAGGCGAAAGACCCUUCGUCUGUCUAUUCUGCGGAAGAGCUUUCGGCGGUAAAAGCGAUCUCACCAGGCAUCUGAGAAUCCACACAGGAGAACGUCCAUACCAUUGCGACAUGUGCGGAAAGUGCUUCGCCCGAGCCGACUACCUUUCCAAGCACUUGACCACCCACAUAAACACGCCACGCUGAUACAGACCCUCAGCCUCCGUCUCCAAGAAAUAAUUGUUAUUUUCCGAUGAUUAACUUACUUUUUUCCGUCCGUUUUCGAAUUAAAACAAAACAUAAACAAAUAAUUUUAAAAAAAACGAGAUGUUUAAUUUUUCUCAACGGGUUAGAUUCUUCAUUUCAAAUAACUGAAGAUGUAAACAAGAAUAAUUAGUUUCGGCUGUGAUCAAGAGAACGACAACGGUGGACCGAAAUUCCAAAAGAUGAACAAAACAAAAUCGUUUGUCUCCUACAAUUUAACAUUAAUUUCCUUCUACAAACACACAUUUAAACAUUUAGUUUAAACCAAGUGCGGGUUUCAUUUUUUUUGUUUGUUUCCAUUACGAAUCUAAUCCAGAUUGUUUGUGCGCGUUUCUUUUCGUUAUUUUCGUGUCGUCCAACGAACCAGUGCUUCUCGAGCGAUCAUCAAACACUGGUUUAUAUAAAAUAUUACAUAGUGAGUUACCAAGCAAUAUACGCAGUUGUUCCUGCUAGUCAAGAAGUCGAAACAUAAAAGAUUCUGGAUAGUCAAUACUCGUGUGCACGAAAAAAGAAAAGAUAAUUCUUAUAACAUUAAUAAUAAUAAUCUGUGUGUCUAUUUUUCUUUCAAAUUUCUAUAUUACAUUUGUUUAUUACGUCUGUAGUUUCGAAGCCAUCUCCAACGAACCGUCUGUAAGUAGAGAAGAAGUUAACGUCUAAGAAUAUAUAUAUAUAUAUAAGCAGGUUCCUGAUUGAAGA